CAGUCGCGGCUUGAAAACCGCGGGUGACCUGCGUACCGUUAAAAUCAAUGAGUACAUCCGAAAGUGCCAACAGCGCGGCGACUCCACGGAGCAGCCGCGUUGUCGUUGAUGCCGCUGUCACCACCACCGCUUCUGCUUCCUGGUCUGGAUUGUUCCGCACGGUUCUGCGCGGCAUCAAACCGCAUUUACGUGGACGUGAUGCGAAUCAUGUAAUAAGUGCACGUGCAGGCGAAAUGCCGUCGUCCGGUAGUGAGGAUAUGGAUCUCUGCACCGACAAAGUCCUUUCGAAGGGCAGGAUCCUGCAGGAGCUCACAAAGGCUGUCAAACUGGUUUAUGCCCAAAGUCUCUAUGGUACUGUGGUCUUGGAUGGUGAUUCCUGGUUGGUUUAUUGGUUGGAUCGCACAUUGCGUCAUGGACUGCGUGUAGAGAGACAUGGAUAUUGGGGCACCGCUAGAGAACUUAGUCAUCAGGAUACUGUUGUGGUAAUUCAUGCGCUGCAGAGUGUAUUGACUUCUAUUGGAAAAGGUCGAGCAUGGCUCUAUCAUACUUUGAGUGAGGGCAGUUUUGAGAGUUAUCUGGCCUGUUUAUUGCGAGACACUAAAACGUUAAAAAAGCAGUAUUUUCCGCACGCACUUGUGAGAGAUGCCGAUAAGACCAAUCAACUAGUCAAUCUUCUUGCCGGUUUGGAAAACGUGUCCUUCACAUUGCAAUUGGAUGUAACAUAUUUGGAUAUUUGUAACUAUAUGCCACAAAGGCCUAUGAGCAUAAAUCCGUCAGGGACAGUUUUAUCACUGCAUUUAAGAUCUUCUAGUAUUACGAGCCUAGCUUCCCCGGGGGAUAGUGGAGUUGCAUUCGAUAGUGAUAUGGAUCUUGCAAAUGAAACCGAUGGCAGCAGUUAUAAAGAGGAAGACUUUUCAAUGGAUGAUAUUCCUAAGUAUCGGAAUAACAGAUAUAAAAGAAUUAUUAAUAAUCGUAUGGAGGACAAUAAGAAUUUUGGUUCUAGCGAUUCUAGCGAAGAUGGCAAGACACCAACGCAGUCGCCAGCAAUCACCAAAUUUCAAAACGUCAUGAUGACGAAAAACGAUAUAGUUAAUCAGAACGUAACGCAAAAAUUGGAUGAUAAUGAAAUGAAUUGCUCCAGUUUGGAAACUCUUAAAGACUACGAUUUUUAUAGUAAAAGUCUAGAUGAGAACAAAUUGGAUAAGACGAACCAAGUCGAUAACGGCGUAAAGGAUUUCAGUAAGCGAAGCACGUACUAUGGCGACAGUCCUGCUUAUAGCUUUAAGAAGAAUAUAGAUUCUCGUAAUUCUUAUCUAAUCAAUAACGAUACAAAUCUACUGGAACUGAGUAUGACCAUCUCUGAUUGUGACAAUAUGGAUGCACCUUACGGUAUUUUGAACACAAUCAAUAUGACAGACACCAGCAUUCUAUCUUCAUCGAGCUCGGAGGCUAUAGUACAACGUAGACAGCGUAAGAAGAAACGGGGUGAAAGUAAGAAAAGGGUCAGCUUUCAUGAAGACAUAUUAAAAACAAUGAAGCUAGAAGAUGAUGAGAUUUACGCCGAUUUCUCUAUGAGUUUUUUGUUGCCCAGUUCUGUUCUAAAGAGGGACGCUCAAAAAGGCAGAUAUAGUUGGUGUGCGCAUGGUGAUUCGCCUUAUGCGCAGAAGAACACGAACGCUGGCAGGAAUGUACACUCGGACUGUUACUUGUUUUCGUCAUCGUCAAACGCGUUCGAUCAAAGCGACGAAGCCGAAAAACAGUCUUCGAAGCUGUGCAUCAACGUGCCCUGUCAAAGCAACUGCAGAUGCAGCUGCGGUUUGUCGUUGUUGGAGCGCGGGGCGCCAGAGGGUCAGGAAGAUCCGGGGAAAAGUCUGAGACCUAAGAUGGAAAUCGAAUUGGAAGAGAACGAGGCUCAGGAGGCUUAUAUCGUCGAAAAGGCGUGUGGCAAUAUCAUCGAAGAUCCACCAGCUAAAGUAGAAAUGCCUCAAACAAUGAAUUCCAAAAAAUGUGCUAAUUCAACCGAUUGGUCGGAUGUGGAUAGUGUAACAACAUCUGAGACAGAAGAACGUAAGAAUAAUAAUCGACACUUGGCUUCGCCUUUAAAAAAGCGUAAUAUGACGGCGAUAUUGACAGGUGAAAGCAGCAACAAGCUCUUGGCGCCGUCGUUGCGACAGGCUCCGUCAAAAACAUCUCUGCUGAGCAGAUUUCUAAAAUCGAUCACCGAAAGAAAGUUUGAAAUUAAGAAAAACAAAAAACCGCCGAAGUCAAAUACGUUAUAUAUCAAAGGGAUCAAAACAAGCUAUGAUUCUUUCAAAGAUUUUAACGACAAUCUUGACAAAGAGAUUCAAGAGAACGUAGCUGCCGAGAAACAAGCAUUCAGUGGCGAAAAAGUAAGCUUAAAAUUGCGAGAACUUUUCAAACGACAUAUUUAUCGCGAUAAAACGGAAGAACUAUAUAAAGUAUACAAAGUGCGAAGUUCGUAUAUGACCAACGGCGAGAGCAAACCGAUGAUCGCGUUACUGACGGACAAGACACUAUACUUAACCGGUUCAAAAUUAGAUCAUUCUUAUAGUAACCAGUUUGUUAUUCCUUACAAUGAACUUGAUGUUAUUAUGAUUGGACCGAAUGCACAAACUAUUUUAAUUUCCAACGCCGAUUGCGAAAUGCAAUAUCUAUUCUCUACGGGCAGCUCGCAAACUACCUCAGAAUUAAUCGGUCAUUUAGAAAUAGCUAUGAGACGAUCACCGUCGAAACCGAAACUUCCUGCUGUUAAAGAAUUGAAUUACGAGGAUAUGCGUAUUUUGAGAAACUCGAUUCUCACUGACACAACUGUACAUCCCGAUGAAAAAAUCGAACACUACAGUCUCAUUUAUAUGGAGGAUGAACACAUUUCGCCGCCUAGUACACCGUGUGGGCCAAUGAAAGAAGGCGACUUGAUGUUUCGGCCGCAUAUCUAUCAGCAGUUGUAUCCGAAUGCACCGACAAGUCCCUGGGAAGCCGGUUAUUUUGUUCUGAAAGGCGGUGUUGUUUACAUGUUCACGGAUUCGAAUCAGCGACUUCCUAAGCGUGCUAUACCUUUAAAAGGCGGUUUGUGUCAAGGUUGCAGAAGGAUCCCUAAUUCCCAUCGGCCGCACACGUUUGAGAUAUUGUUGAAGCCCAACAAGUCGUAUCAGUUCGCUGCUCCAGACGAGUACGUAGCUUCCGAAUGGUUGCAAAGUUUUGUUCAAAGUGCGUCGGGCCUGUUUGACUGUAUGGAGAAGAAAGAACCGCUACCGUGCAGCCUCAUCACGACUACGAAACAUUUAGUAGCGAUGAAGGAAGUACAUCCCGGCAUGCAAAGAGGACAGACGCUUUCUUGUGCCUCUAUUAAAGAUUUAGCAGCGUUCAGGGUGCCAUUAGUGCAGCAAACAUGGUGCAUACUGGAAUUUGCGUGUCGGGAAGUGCACGAAAACAGCGGCGAUUGGGUCAUAUAUUUUACGAAUUAUACCGAGCUGUGUGCUUUUAAAGAUAUUCUGGAAACAUUGUGGGCUGAUGCUAAUUUGGGUGAAUUUCCAAUAGCAACGCUUCCACCAGAAGAUAAAUUACAACGACGUUGUUCAGACGCCAGUAGGGAUUUGGAACUUGCUUGGCGGUACUUGUUACCACCGGCUUUAGAAUAAACCAAAAUUGUACCAGUAGACAAUAUACACGUCACUUAAAAAUAUUAUUUUAUCAUAUAUACAUAUAUAUGUAUAUAUAUACACAUAUUAUAUACAUAUAUAUUGCCAUAUAUAAGUAGUAUAGAACUUACGUGAUAAUGCACGUGAAUAUUCAGGUACCAUGCUGGAACAUUGGAACACUAAUAUACACAAUCGUAUUUAAAUAUGUAUCGCUUUACGCAGUAUAAUCCAAAUUCUUUUGCUUCUGUUUAAAUAUCAAAUUCAAUAUAUCUGUUAAAGUUAGAACAAUCGAUGUUAUUUUGUAAUUUAGAUAGACAGAGAUGAACAAUUCUUAUUCAGACACAUGACACUUGAUUAACGGCAUAAUAUGGCAAUUUUUUUUUACUUCAAGAUAUGUACAAAAACAUAUGCAUAACAUUCUCGCUAUAUUGCGGUGUUAAUAAGAGAUCGAUUAUUAGAAAUAUCUUGCAUAAGAUAUAAGUUGCCUCAAGGAUAACUAUUUAGAGAAAUUGCAAAAUGGUGCAUUAUCUUUCUCGUAGCAUAAGUCUCAUCAUAAGUUACUACUAAUUUAUAAGUCAAAAAGUGUAACAUAACAAUAAUCGUGAAACAACACUAUCGAUUACUAUAUGAAUGUCUAUAUAUUCACAUGUAUUGAAAAGAUGAGUCAGUAAGCAUUUGAAUACGCACUAUUGAUAUUAAAGUAGUUAUUUAUUAUCGUCGAAAAUGAUAUAAAAUUUAAAAACACAUUUAAAGUAACUUUAACAAAGAAUAAUAACACUUUACAUAAAUCGUUUUUUUUUUUAAUGAAAUUAGUAUAUGAUUUAUCAGUCUAUUAACAAAUUGAAAAUUCGAUAUGCAAUUAUAGAGUUUACCUUUGGUAUGACUUUCUACAAAUCACUUUAUCUCUCUCAUAAGAUGUUAACAUUUUUAAUCUUAUAUUAUACGUAUCAUCUCUUGAUUUUUUAAUGUACAAUUGUGAAAAAAAAUGAAGCAUAGGCAUAAUACCCUACAAUUGCUUUAUAUACAUUAUGUAUUUUGUGGCAGUCUAAUUAAUUUAUAGUUUUAUAUU